CGGGGCCCGACGCGCACACGGCUGGUGUGCGCGGCGGCACGGCGCGGCGAAGAUGGCGGCGUCCGGCUGGGCGCGCGCUGCCGUGGUCCUCCUCUGUGCCUCGGACCUGCUGCUGCAGCUGCCACCGCCUCGGGUCUGCGCGGCGGAGAGCCCGGCCGCGACGCCCGGCGAGGCCAGCCUGUCUCCCCGGAAGAAGAAGAAGGACAUCCGCGACUACAACGACGCGGACAUGGCGCGUCUCCUGGAGCAGUGGGAGAAAGACGAUGACAUAGAAGAAGGAGAUCUCCCAGAGCACAAAAGACCCUCCGCACCGAUCGACUUCUCCCAGAUAGACCCGGGCAAGCCGGAGAGCAUACUGAAAAUGACGAAGAAAGGGAAGACGCUCAUGAUGUUCGUCACGGUGUCAGGAAGCCCCACUGAGAAGGAGACGGAGGAGAUCACCAGUCUCUGGCAGGGCAGCCUUUUCAACGCCAACUACGACGUGCAGAGGUUCAUCGUGGGCUCAGACCGUGCCAUCUUCAUGCUGCGAGAUGGGAGCUACGCCUGGGAGAUCAAGGAUUUUCUGGUCAGUCAGGACAGGUGUGCUGAUGUAACUCUGGAGGGACAGGUGUACCCGGGCAAAGGAGGAGGAAGCAAAGAGAAAAAUAAAACCAAGCAAGAGAAGGGCAAAAAGAAGAAGGAGGGAGACCCGAAAUCUCGGGCUCCAAAGGAAGACAAUCGAGCUAGGAAUAAAAGAGAAGACCUGUAAUGGGGCAGCCCUGCGCUUUGCGGAGGAUCACACGGGACAGAGCACGGCCAGGGCUCUCAGGGAUGGGGGUGGACGUGGAAC